UUUUAAGUCCUCCUUGCUGUUUGCUUCGUCCUACGUUUCUGUAUCUUUUCUCUCAUUUCAAAACAUUCCCCACUCUCUCUCUAUUUACAACCCUACCCUUCUCUCUCUCAUCGAUGGCCGACCCUUCCGACGAUUUAGACGAACUCCUCGACAGCGCUUUGGAUGAUUUCGGAAAGCUCGACCUCGAUUCAGCUCACAGGGGUAAAGAUGUCAUUGGCGAUGCCAACACAGAGAAAUCAUCAUCUUCAUCGUCGUCUUCUUCCACUUGUUCUUCUUCUUUUUCGCCUUCCGCUCCUGCGGCCGUACAGGGCCUGGGCCUCGGAUUGCCGGAACUGCGGAGCAGAGGCAAGAAGGGGAAGCAGAAGGUUCAGAAGGAUUCGCACGUCGCAGAGGCGCUCGAGAAGCUGACUCAGCAGACCCGAGAAGCUGUCUGCGGAUUGGAGUCAACGACCGCGGCUGCAGUAGCUGGGGAUGAUUUGGGGAAGGAAGGGAUGGAGGAUUUUGUCAAGCAGUUCGAGGAGCUUGCUGGCUCUCAGGACAUGGAAUCUAUUGUGGAGACCAUGAUGCAACAACUAUUGUCAAAGGAGAUUCUUCAUGAACCCAUGAGAGAAAUUGGAGAAAGAUAUCCAAAGUGGUUGGAGGAGCACAAGGCAGGAUUGAGCAGCGAAGAAUAUGAUCGCUAUUGCCACCAAUAUGAGCUCAUAAAGAAACUAAACGAAGUUUAUGAAAAUGAUCCUACUAACUUCCCCAAGAUUGUUGAACUCAUGCAGAAAAUGCAGGAAUGUGGCCAACCUCCAAAUGAUAUUGUUCAAGAGCUUGCUCCUGAUCUUGAUCUAACUAAUCUGGGUGGCCAACUAUCCCCAGAGCUGCUGGAGUCAACAUCCAAUUGUUGUAUAAUGUGAGAUGAUGCUAUCAUCCAAGUCUAUUUCCUUUGUCCGUUUCAUUUCCCAUUGGAUGUGGAAAAUAAGGUGAACUACAAGAGCCCAAGUGUCUUGUUGGGGGUUGGGUCACCGAAUGCCAGCUGGGGUAACAAAUAUGGGUCUUAUGCAUUUUCAACCCUUUUUCCUGUGAAUUUUUCCCCCUAAUAACAAGCUCGAUGAAAUUUGAGAUUCUCCAUUGAUACCACACUACUGGAAAAGAAAAGAAAAAGAUCUUCACCAGCAAAUCAUGGCCCACUAUUCUUCAUUAGCAAAACCUAUUUGUAAAAGGCCGGUUUGGGGUUUGGACAUUUGCACUUUUCCCACAUGUAUCUUGGUUGUCACCCAUCAAAAUUCAUGAAUUGGAUGA